UACACCAUCGCCCCUUCCCUUCCACCACCACACCCCCACUUCUACUUUCCGCCGUCCCCACCUCUCCUAUCCUCGCCAUGGCCUAUGUAUUCAAACGAGGUGACCGCAAGGAGAAAGUGUUUUUCGACAAGAUCACCAGUCGGAUCGAGAAGCUCAUUUACGGGUUGGAUCACAACUAUGUAAACCCCGUGGAAGUGACCCAGAAGGUCGUCGCUGGUGUGUAUAAUGGGAUAACAACAAUGGAGCUCGAUAAUCUCGCUGCUGAGACUGCGGCAUACCUUACCACCAAGCAUCCCGAUUACGCGAUCCUCGCAGCGCGUAUCGCGAUCAGUAAUCUGCACAAGGAGACCAAGAAGAGCUUCUCGCAGGUCAUCUCUGCGUUGUAUAACUAUGUGAACCCCAAGACUGGGCGAGCUGCAUCACUCAUCGCGAAAGACACGUAUGAUGUUGUGAUGGAGCAUGCGGCGACACUAGAUGCCGCCGUGAUACACAAUCGCGACUUCAGCUACAACUACUUUGGCUUCAAGACGCUUGAACGUUCAUAUCUUCUUCGCCUCGAUGGACGUGUUGUCGAACGUCCUCAGCACCUCAUUAUGCGAGUCGCCGUUGGCAUCCACGGCUCUAACCUCGAACGAGUACUGGAGACGUACAACCUGAUGUCUCAACGAUACUUCACCCAUGCGACGCCGACUCUCUUCAACGCCGGUACCCCUCAGGCACAGCUCAGCUCGUGCUUCCUUGUGUGUAUGAAAGAAGAUUCGAUCGAGGGAAUUUAUGAUACCCUGAAGAGCUGCGCGAUGAUCAGCAAGAGUGCUGGUGGAAUUGGUCUGAGCAUUCACAACAUUCGGGCCACUGGUUCUUACAUUGCUGGUACCAACGGCUACUCCAACGGGAUCGUGCCUAUGCUCCGCGCCUUUGACGCGACGGCUCGAUACGUGGAUCAAGGCGGCAACAAGCGCCCUGGUGCAUUCGCGAUCUACCUCGAGCCAUGGCACGCCGACAUCUUCGAGUUCAUCGACCUGCGCAAGAACCACGGCAAGGAGCAGAUGCGUGCCCGCGACCUCUUUCUGGCACUGUGGGUCCCCAAUCUGUUCAUGAAGCGCGUGGAGGAGAACGGGGAGUGGUCGCUGUUUUGCCCGAACGAGGCCCCUGGCUUGCAUGAGGUGCAUAGCGAGGAGUUCGAGGUUCUGUACGAGAGAUAUGAGCGGGAAGGACGGGCUAGGAAGACCAUCCCUGCGCAGAAACUGUGGUACGCGAUUCUGGAGGCUCAAGUUGAGACGGGUGGCCCGUUCAUGGUGUACAAGGAUCAUGCCAACUCCAAGUCGAACCAGAAGAACCUGGGUACCAUCAAGUCAUCGAAUCUGUGCACGGAGAUUAUCGAGUACUCUGCUGCGGAUGAGACGGCUGUCUGCAACCUUGCAUCCAUCGCGCUGCCCAGCUUCAUCUCGAAUGGCAAAUACGACUUCCAGCGGCUGCACGAUAUAUCGAAGGUGGUUGCAUCUAACCUGAACCGGAUUAUCGAUAUCAACUACUACCCUAUCCCCGAAACUCGCAAGUCGAACAUGCGCCACCGGCCGAUCGGUGUCGGUGUGCAAGGUCUGGCGGAUGUGUUCCUUUUACUCCGGAUGCCGUUCGACUCGCCCGAGGCCAAGGCGCUCAACCUGCAGAUCUUCGAAACCAUCUACCACGGUGCUUUGGAAGCCAGCUGCGAGUUGGCGGAGCGAGAAGGGCCGUACGAGACGUAUGAGGGCAGUCCUGCGUCCAAGGGCGAGCUGCAGUAUGACAUGUGGGGUGUGACGCCUUCAUCGCUGUGGGACUGGGCGGGGCUCAAGGCGAAGAUCGCCAAGCACGGGCUGCGGAAUUCGCUGCUGACUGCGCCGAUGCCGACUGCGUCGACCAGCCAGAUUCUGGGCAACAACGAGUGCUUCGAGCCAUAUACGAGCAACAUCUACACGCGCCGUGUUCUGUCUGGCGAGUUCCAGGUGGUGAACCCCCAUCUGCUCCGGGAGCUCGUUGACCGAGGCUUGUGGGAUGACGAUAUGAAGAACAUCCUCAUCGCGCACCGGGGAUCGGUGCAGAACAUUCCCGGCAUUCCGGACGACGUGAAGGCCAUCUACAAGACCGUCUGGGAAAUCAGCCAGAAGAAGGUCCUCGAGCUCGCUGCUGACCGCGGGGCCUUCAUCUGCCAGAGCCAGAGUCUGAAUGUGCAUCUGUCCGCGCCGACCAUGGGCCAGUUGACGAGCAUGCACUUUUACGGCUGGAAGCGAGGCCUGAAAACGGGGAUGUACUACCUGCGCACCCAGCCUGCCUCGGCUGCGAUCCAGUUCACUGUAGACCAGACUGUUCUCAACAAGGUCAAGGAGCAGAAUGCCGCGGCAGCUGCUGCUAAGCAUACAGGGACGGCUCAAGUUUCUGUGCCUGCUGCGACUGCCGUCCCAUCGCUCACCCCGUCAUCUUCGUCCUCAUCCUCGUCCUCGUCCUCGUCGAGAGAUCACUCGCCGGCCACUCCAAUGCGGGAGCGGGCGCCGAUUGUUGCGGUUGUCAAGCCAGAAUUACCGGCGACAGCGCCUUUGUCUGAAUCCAGCCCGGAGCAGGCCGACGCUGAUGCCAUGCUCGCGAAAAUGGCUUCCGAGGAUCCCGAGUUUGCUGCUUCCCUCAAAAAGCUGAGGGAGCGUGAGCUAGAAGAGGCGAAGAUGCUAUGUGCUAUGGAAAACAAGGAAGCUUGUUUGAUGUGCUCUGGCUGAAUGUGACUGCGGAUUUCUCUCUCUCUCUAUCUCUAAUGUAUCGUCGUCUAUGUAAUUGUAAUUGUCAUGUAUGUCGAAUUUGUCCCAGUUUCCAGUAAUCACGGCACGUUCAGGCCAAAAGGAGUAUUGACCGAACGGAGAUCAUACGUGGUGAGGUCAUCGCCUAAAUGUCAAAACACGUGCCCCUGAAACUGCUUCACUUGUCCCUACGCGCUCGCAACGGAACUAAACCACAGCACCCAUUUCUCAACUGGCGCCUCGCCUCCGCCGUUUUUUGCCCUUUUCGAAGAAGAAAUCCCAGACUCUCGACUUGCACGACCAUCGCCUGUCUCUACCGCCCCAGCCUGACGCACCUGCUACCCCACACCGUGAUUCUGGUCCUCGCCAUUCGAACCUUGGACUGUCGGGUCUCGGAGCCGGUCUGGGCAGCAACCCGGGAAUGGCAGCGGACCAAGCACCGACGAAGGCCAAUCUCAAGGCGUGGUGGGCGGCCUUCACAUCCCCGCAGAAGAUCAAGGAGUACAACCAGGACGACACAGUGCACACGGUCUUUGGAAAGCCGUUGAGGGAGAGCCUAAAAUAUGCGUCCGUGCAGAUCUCGACGGCGAAUGCGCAGGGGAACUUGUAUGUCUGGGGGUACAUCCCCGUCGUGGUUGCCAAAUGCGGGCUGUGGCUCAAGGAGAACGCGACCGAAGUACCAGGAACGUUUCGCGUGAACGGAUCUAAUAAGCGCAUGAGGGAGCUGCAAGCCCUAUUCGAAACGCCUCCCAAGUACGGCAAGUCACUGGACUGGAAGAACGAAUCGUAUACGACACACGAUGUUGCGAGUGUCUUCCGGAGAUAUCUGACCCAGAUGCCUGAACCUGUCAUCCCUCACGAUAUGUAUCACGCUGUUCGAGAUGUUUUGUCGCAGGAGCCAGUCAACCAGGACGAAGUCAUCGCUACGUACAAGCGACUCAUUCGAUCCAUGCCCCGCGCCAACCAGUAUCUCUUGCUCUAUGUGCUGGACUUAUUAUCGGUCUUUGCGCGCAAGUCGGACAAGAAUUUGAUGACUGCAUCCAGCAAGUUGAUUUUCCGGCCGGGACUAAUAUCCCAUCCCGAGCAUGAAAUGUCACCGCCUGAGCAUGCGCUGAGCCAACGAGUCCUCGAAUUCCUCAUUGCACAACAGGACUGGUUCAUGGUGGAUGUUCCCCCUCCUCCUCCCAACCACGACCCGAGCUCGCCGUUGACUUGGGACGACGACGACGAUCCCAUCGCAGUCGGGGGAUCGUGGAAGGUCGUCGGAAAAGCGUCCCCGCCGAUGGCAAGGAGGAAGACCACGAUCGAUUCGACAGAUUCUGGACGGACGGUCGAGGCCAGUCUCUCGCCUGUGGACGAGGCUGUGGGAGACGAAAGUGCGAAUGCGACCGUCACGAGGAGGCGGACGUUGCCUCCUGGGCGGGCAGGACGGAUCAACGAUGCCGAAGGCGAUGUCUCGUUAUUCCAACGCCCGAAAGUCUUGCGAAAGCAGAAGCGGUCGUCCUCCUCGCAACCGAGGGGGAAAGACAAGGACGAGGAAUGAUUGAGUGGAUGAUGGACCAGUCAGACAAACUGCUAAUUGUAUCGAUAUAUUGACCACGGCUUGCAUCUGCAGGGUUAACCUUUAUUGACUCCCCCUUCUAUCUUCUUGCACAACAGACGGUUACUACUGAAUGUAGAUUAUGUAUCCUGCUUAUUGGACUGUACUUUGAUGGGCUGCACCGAGGAAGGAGCACCACGAUCACAUGGUGUGACGUCAUUGGACGACCGAUUGAUAUUGCGCCUGUUGAGCGCCCGCACCACGUCCAUGACUCGCAGGAUCAGGCGAACAUCCGCAGGGCGCGGCAGAAGGCAGACCACAGCAUAAUGCUGCGCAGCAAUGACGCGCGGUGUGACCGAGAAGUCAGAGUCGUCACAGAGAUGUGAGAGCACAUUGCGGAAUCUGGAUCCCUAGAUUUGGAGGCCGGAGUAUAGAUACAUAAACGCCCCAGUCAGAUUCAACUGUCGAACCCCAAUUCACCAGUUACCAUGCCCGCCAGCCAAGUCUCGCUCGCGCUGUUUGCACCACUGGUCGCCAAAGACGACAAGGCGCUCGACGUUGCUAGCCUCCUGGGCGCCGGCUACGAUCUCAUCCAAGCCGAGCACGAGACCAUCCAGUGGUUCGGCGUCAAGUACACCGGCCACACGACGCCGACCUACGCGAUCUUCAACACCUUCCACACGGAAGCUGGGCGCGGCGCGCAUCUGAAGGGCGUGGCCGCGCAGGCGCUGGCGGCCAAUGCGCCGACGCUUCUCGUGUCGGACCCGCAGAUCGCGCACCUGGCUGUGCUCGCAAAUAAGGUGGUCGUAGGGAACAGCAAGGAGCGGACUGCAGGGUUGGGCGUCGGCCUGCGCGUCUUCAUCCACGCGAAGCCCGAGAAGGUCGAUGACGUCAGAACGUUCCUCAAGAGUGCGGUCCCGCUUGUGGAGGCUGAAGAAUUCACACCGGUGUGGUACGCAGUCGAGUUUCCGGGCAGGAACACUUUCGCGAUCAUCGAUUUCUUCGCCGACGAUGCUGGUCGCGAGGCCCACCUCAACGGCAAGGUCGCUGCCGCACUCUUCGCCAAUGCCGACACGCUGCUGUCCAGUCCGCCAGAGGUGAUCAAGUUCGAGGUCGUAGCCGCUAUCGUCAAAGUCUGAUGGGUGUAUGUUGUAUGCGCCCGCUCGCGUGAAGCUGGGAUGUAGAUUACUCCUCGAAUGUACGUAGUGCCACGAGCUUUGCAACGAUAUCCGUAGGGAGCAUAAGAGAGAUGUUC